AGAUACUCUGUUUCUACAGAAUUGUUUAAUUGUACCAAAAUAUGUCAUGUCGUUGACAUUACAUCGACGAUGUUUUGUGAUUACGUUUCCGUAAAAAAAUAUUGUUUCAGCGGAAAAUGGUAAAACAAUGGUGGCCAAUAUUAUUUAUAAUUUACAAUGUCCAAGGAAUAAAUAUUACAAGCAUUGUAAUAGACCAACAGGUGGCAAGUUACACAGAAGCGGUUACUUACGAGAUCAAUGCUACCUACCAAGUGGUUCUUUUCUACCCUACUAUAGAGACACCUAACCCCUUUAGAGUUAAAGCAUGGUCCCCAGAUGCCCAGGCAAAUUUGCCGGUUCUAGUCGUCGUCCAGCAGGAAAGUAGCGUGACUUCGUGGCAGGUCCCCUUGAUGGUGGAGACGUCCAGAAGGGACUACGUUUUAAAGUUUUCCAACACGUCCAAAACUAUGUGCCACGAUCAGAUGGAUUCCAUCGUCAAUCCAGAUUUUUCAACGGGGGACCUGACGGUGGCCCAGAGGUUCAUCGUGGGCUUGUCAACGUCUUCUCCACACACCGUGAGCAUCAGCAUAGAGAUGGAAGAGGAGAAAGACUUCUACGUCGAACUGGAUAAAAGUUAUUCCGUAUCGGUGUCGCCUAGCGAACCCAGAUACGUCUUUUAUAAAUUCCUGGAAGAUGCGCCGGACAUAGUCAUCGUCGACGUCGAUUCUGAAGACGACAUAUGCCUUGUUGUGUCUGUUCAGGACAGCAGGUGCCCAGUGUUUGAUACGAAUAAGGAUAUAAAAUACGAGGGAGUUUACCAGACAAUCAACCUUAAGGGAGCUCUUACAAUAACGAGGAAAGACUUCGAUCCUGGAUUCUUUCUAAUUUUCGUUGCCAAACCCGACAACGCUGACUGCACAGAAGGCAGCUCCUAUUUGCCCAGACUCGAGACAAAUUUCCAUCUCUCCACCCAGAACAUUACCACGUCCAUUACCUUUAAAAUACGACCGACUGUUACCAGAAGGGAAUAUAUAAUUGCCACCAUCGGGACGUUGGUGACCCUUGGAGCCAUUGGUAUCAUAUUAACCAUACUCUCUUUAGUACUUAACCGGUUCGGCACCAUAUCAAAAAGUGACAAAGACGAACCGCCAGUUUACGAUUGCUUUGAACCCUUGUCAGAGUUUGCGAUCCAAGACCUGUUGAAAAAGGAUAUAUUGACCGUCAAUUAUCUUGCGAGACAACCGAGGAGGAUAAGAAAACGGUCGUACAAUUAUUUGUCUCACAUUUUGAGCAUUGCAGUGUUUUAUAGUAUUCCAGUGGUGCAGUUGGGUGUAACAUAUCAAAGGAUUAUCAAUGCGUCAGGCAACGAAGACAUGUGCUAUUUUAACUUUCUCUGCGCCCAUCCCGGUCUGGGUUUCAGCGACUUCAAUCACAUAUUCUCCAACAUCGGCUACGUCAUUUUCGGGAUUCUCUUCAACUUCGUUGUCAUCGAUCGUUAUACUAUCAUAAAAAUUAGAAAGACCAAAGGCAUCCCCGUACAUUAUGGCCUGUACCACGCCAUGGGUGUGGCGUUGAUUAUCGAAGGGCUGCUAUCCGCUUGCUACCACAUCUGCCCCAGUCAGUCGAAUUAUCAGUUCGAUACCAGCUUUAUGUACAUAAUGGCGGUUCUCUGUAUGGUAAAGUUGUACCAGAACAGGCAUCCAGACAUAAAUGCCUCGGCAUAUAGUACCUUCACGAUUGUAGGAGUUGCCAUAUUUCUCGCAAUGUUGGGUAUCCUUAACGGCGGCCUAGCAAUAUGGGUGGUCUUUGCUGUGUCCUACACAGCACUGUGUAUAGUCCUAUCUUUUAAAAUAUACUUCCUCAACUACGUGGUGAACGGAGUUAAGGAACUACAUCGGGAAAUUAAAACCAGGGGAUACUCUACGGACGUAUUCCUUCCAAUUCGCAGAGGUAGAUUCAUUUUCCUUCUAAUAACUAACGCAGUUAACCUCGGUUUGCUCAUAGCUGGUUUGUGCGUUUACCCUCAGAACCUCACUGACUUUGGAACCUUUCUCUUGGGAUUGUUAAUGGCAAAUGCAGUCCUUCACGCUAUAUUCUACACGUCUAUGAAGUUAAUACAUGGCGAAAGGAUAUGUUUUGAGGCUGUUUGCUAUGGACUCUUGAGCAUAGCGGCGUGGGCAGCGGCGUCGGUUUUCUUUUUAGACCCCGCCACGCUUUGGACUGUAACCCCGGCUGAAUCUCGACAGUGGAACCAAAACUGCAUUCUACUGGGCUUCUACGACAAACACGAUGUCUGGCAUCUGUUGAGUGCCCCAGGGCUGUAUUUUACUUUCAUGUACUUGAUGUGUCUUGACGACGACAUUGUCGACAAGGAUCAAUGCGAGAUACCAGUGUUUUAAUGUUGCUAUUUAAGUAGAUUUUUUAACUUGAUUAUAUGUUAAUUAGCAUUGUUUGUUGAUGUGUUUAACUGAAAUGAAAACUGAACGAAAAAAUAUAGGUUAGGUAAAUAUUAUUUAUAUAAUAAUAUUAAAAAAACUGCUAGACAAUCAUCAUGAAGAAGUGGAUCGAGUCAACAUGAUACAAUCACUAUUUAUUCUUCGCUUUUACCUUAAUGUGUUUAGAAAAGGGACCUUUUACAGUCUUUUAUACAUGUUUUAAGUGUAAAUGAAAUUCGUACAAUGUGUAGAAACGAAAAAUGUACAUUUCAGUAUAGCAGAUCCUUUUAUUUACACGAAAACGGUUUCGAAGGGAUGUGUAUACCUACAGGUUUGAAGAAUCAGUAAACGAUUUCUAAAGUGUAAAUAAAAAGAUUCGGGCCAUAUUUGAAGUUGGUGCUGUUAUUUUAUCUGUGAUUUUUAACUUAAGACAAUUAAACAAUUUAUUACA